CGGGCGGGCAUAGCGCGCGCCAGCAGCACCCGCGGGCUCGCCAGUCCGCCACACGACGUCGGCGGCAGAGCGCCUUCGUGCGACCACCCGGCCCCACCGCGCGCGAUCCAUGCGACCACCGAUCGCGCCAUGAGCGGCGCCCGCCCCCGCAGCGCGCCGCUGCUUCUCGCGUUCGCCGCCGCAUUCUUGCCGCAAGCUAACCAUGUUGCGGGUGCCGGUGGGGGUGGCAUGUUCGGAGACGUCAAUAUAUCAGCUAUUUUGGAUUCGUUUAGUAUAAGUUACGACAAAAGAGUAAGACCAAACUAUGGAGGACCACCCGUGGAAGUGGGGGUUACCAUGUACGUGCUCUCCAUCAGCUCUCUGUCUGAAGUGAAAAUGGAUUUCACGCUGGAUUUUUACUUCAGACAGUUUUGGACGGAUCCAAGAUUAGCAUACAAAAAAAGAACUGGAGUGGAAACCUUAUCGGUGGGUUCUGAAUUCAUUAAAAAUAUAUGGGUGCCUGACACUUUCUUCGUAAACGAAAAGCAAUCGUAUUUCCACAUAGCGACUACUAGCAACGAAUUCAUACGUAUCCACUAUUCGGGUUCCAUUACAAGAAGUAUCAGAUUAACUAUCACAGCAUCAUGCCCUAUGAAUCUUCAAUAUUUUCCAAUGGAUCGGCAGCUUUGCCAUAUAGAAAUCGAGAGUUUCGGCUACACCAUGCGGGACAUCCGAUACAAAUGGAACGAGGGGCCCAAUUCUGUCGGUGUGUCGAGCGAAGUGUCGCUGCCGCAGUUCAAAGUGCUGGGCCAUCGCCAGCGAGCCAUGGAGAUAUCCCUAACCACAGGAAACUAUUCGAGGUUGGCAUGUGAAAUACAGUUCGUUCGUUCCAUGGGAUACUAUCUCAUCCAAAUUUAUAUUCCAUCUGGUUUGAUUGUAAUCAUAUCAUGGGUAUCAUUCUGGUUGAACCGAAACGCAACUCCUGCUCGGGUGGCACUAGGUGUUACCACUGUAUUGACUAUGACUACGCUGAUGUCAUCAACUAAUGCUGCCUUACCCAAAAUAUCUUACGUGAAAUCUAUCGACGUGUAUUUGGGCACCUGUUUCGUCAUGGUCUUCGCAAGUUUAUUAGAAUAUGCUACGGUGGGCUAUAUGGCAAAAAGGAUACAGAUGAGAAAACAAAGAUUUGUUGCUAUACAAAAAAUUGCUUCCGAAAAGAAAAUGCCAGUCGAUUGUCCACCGGUAGGAGAUCCGCAUACGCUAUCAAAGAUGGGAACUAUAGGCCGAUGUCCUCCGGGAAGGCCUUCGGUAAGCUGCUCGGAGGUUCGAUUUAAGGUGCACGAUCCCAAAGCGCAUUCUAAAGGUGGGACUUUGGAAAAUACUAUCAAUGGAGGGAGAGGAGGUGCAGAAGAAGAGAAUCCCGGCCCACCUCCGCAUAUUCUACAUCCUGGAAAGGACAUAAGCAAACUUCUGGGGAUGACUCCUUCAGACAUCGACAAGUAUUCUCGCAUCGUGUUCCCCGUUUGCUUCGUAUGCUUCAACUUGAUGUAUUGGAUCAUUUACCUGCACGUGUCCGACGUCGUGGCUGAUGAUCUGGUUCUUCUGGAAGAAGAUAAAUAGAGGGUCUAUUGUGAAAUCCACUCAUUUUCCCAAACGAUUUUGGUCAAAUAAUAAUUUGAAACAUUACGUCAGAUUUCGUACGUAGACGCUAGAUAACAUUCACAACUAAAUUAGAAAUAAAGGUAAACGUAGGUCUUGUGAAAAUAUAAACCUAAUCUACACGAAAUAAUUUUGUAGAUACGAACCGUAAUUAUUAGACUUUAAAAUUAUAUAAAUACUAAAUAUUAUAUAAAGUAACUUUACAGUUGUAAAUAUUUAGAAUUUGAAAGUUACGAAUAAAUUAUGAUUUAGUGUAAGUCUCAAAUCUCUUUUCUUGUGAGUCUGAGGUAGAAACUAAAACGACUGAGAUUUAAUGAUGUAGUAGUCGUAAAUACAUACAUUGCCAUUUAUUUUAUACGAAAUCGGAUUUAUGUAGGAAAUACGUUUUGACAUCAGGACGACCGUUAAAUAAGUUCGGGUGAACAAAACUCUGUAGUAUAUUUAAUUCGCAGUCACUUUCUACGAAGUAAGAAUUUAGGAUUGGAAAAUUAGUUAAAGUUUCUUUUAGUAACUUUAAACGAAAUCAUGUGAUAAUGUUUUUUUUUACCAAUAAGAACUGUGACUACUAAAGUAAAUAAAGCAGUUUUAUUUAGUUCUUAGCUCAAGUAACACAAACAGCAAAGUUUCAAAUUAUUAUUAAUGGACUGGUGAAAUUAGUGGAAACAAAUAGAUAAUAUAAACACUAAACUCUGAUGCUCAACUUAUUUUGCUUGAUUGAACAUUAGUUUCAGUAGACUUUCAUAUUGUCCAAAGUAGGUAACUGAUUUCUUUAUUUUUAAUGUGUCUUGCUACUGCGACCAACAAAUUUUGAAUAACAUCAAUGCGAAUGAUCGCUGUGGCGAUAUCAUUUACAGCGUCAUAAAUCGAAUCACCGAUUUUACAAAACCGCAACCCACGUUGCUGCAAAAUAUCUAUACUUAAAACUAUCAUGCCGGCAUUUAUGAACUUUACAUCAGUGUCCUUAUCAUGCUUCAUAAGGAAUGAAAAGGACAGACUGAUGUCAAGUUUACAAAUAGCAAACACGAAUAGCCAAGUAUUAAGUAAGUGCCGGCGUCAAGCGAAGCGCGCCGCUAUGUCUUAAAUCAAAAAAUAUCACUAGUUUUAAUUUGUGUAACCACGUAGAUAUUGAUGAAAAUAAAGAAGAAAAGUCAUUUACUUUCUUUCUUGGAGCAACGUGCAUUAUAGUUUUGUAAAGUUGACCGUUUGAUGUGUAGGAUAAGCCAGGAGAUUUGCCCAGGUGGGAGAGUUGAUCCAGUUGAUCUUUCAAAUUGUAUUUAAAUUUAGUGCAAACAAACCGUCAAUUAGGUCAUUGGUCACAUAUGCUGGACUGUUUUAUAGAAAUUUGUUUGUCGCAGUGUUAUGAUACACUUGUUUACUUUUUCAAAUUCUAUUGUUAUGAUUAUAUUUGUAGGUAUUUUAAUUUUUUACUAGUUUAGCAACGAAGAGUUUCAAUUAACCCUGGACAGUCAUACGUAUGAUUAAUCUGUUACGUAUAUAAUUUUAAGUACUAAUAUAGUUAAAUGUGAAAAAUUGUCCUGGGCAAUUGAUUUUGCUUCAAUUAAGUAAUUGCAUGCUGAAUUAUCAACAUUAUUGGUUAAACCAAUGUAUUUAUACCUGUUCAUAAAAAAAUAUGUAAAUGUAUCUCAGUAGCAAUAAUAGCCAUGCUAAGUGAACCUAAAUGGUGUUCUGGGUUUACGCAUAAUGGAGUUGAUCUUCCAUACAUUGCUACCAAUCCGUUUAGUUCAUAAACUUGUUUGGUUUUUAUGGCCCCAACCUCGAUCUCAUUAGUGGCAUGCAUGCGCGAAUAAUAAAUACAAAUUAUCCAGCAUGUACUCUACCCAAAAAAUCACAUAUUAAUUCAAAUAGUAAUACAGCUUCCACCCACAGUCUUUGCUAUUUGCGUGCAAAACGGGUUUUAUUGCCAUUUCAAUUCUGAUAUCCAGCAUUUGAAUUGCUAUCAUUUUCGAUUGUGUAAAAAAUACUAAGUUAAUGUCGUGUUUGUUCCAUCGUGAAUACAGAGUCUGUGGUAUGUAUCAUACAUUGUAGUAACCUAAGUCUUACACGCACCUGGUUUGUGUAACUUUCUAAUUUGAAAUUUAUUAUAAGAUGCCACCAAACUUGGUUUUAUAGAAUAAUAUAAAACAAGGUAAAUCGACCAUUGUACUUUUAGUAGACUUGAGCGUCGACAUUGUGGGACUGUGUGUAAGACAUAAAUAAUUCUCAAGAGUUAAAUGAGCUGUGUUGGUUGCGUUAGUGAAGACUUCAUUUUAAUUUCAGACAUUAUAGUAGAUGUGCCCGAUAUCUUAGCUUUGUAGCUUAUUCUAUGUGCAUCAUGUUUGCAUAUACCUAAUUAUAUGAUAGUAAGUAGACAAACGAUAUUAUUGUUUGAGUACCUAGUCGAUGAUUAAAUUACUUACAUUACUCUUGAUCUGUGAAGGACGAAGCAAGUCAACACUUUCAUAUCAAAACGGACUUUGCUUUUUUAUUAUCUCAGUUCAAUUUAACAUAUUAAAUACUAUUUAAUAACGCUAAGGUGUCACCAUAUCGGUGAAAUUAAUAAGUACCUUUAAAAUAAAUGAUAAAAGAUGCUGCUAUUUCACUAAUGUUGGAUUAAAUACAAACAAUACACGCUUUUCGUUGAAAACAAAAGAACAUCGUAAGAUAAUCCUAGUGAAUAAUUUAUUGUUAAUAAAGAACAAGAUAUAAUUAAUAAACGUCUCGACUAUAUCCAUAACUCAUUACCCCUUUCCGAACAUUCGCUAUUUUUCCAUUACAUAAUCAAUCCGCACUUUACAACAUGCAAUGCUUUUAACAUUAGAAUUUAAUAAAGCUUGCCUGCUCGUAUUUUCUACUAGUGCCCCCCUAGCAGUGACAAGCCUUGAGCAUUGGACUGGUUGUCGAAGCGGGGAGCUUGUUGAGACAACCUUAUCGUAUACCUGGAAAUUUCAGUGAUACGAUCGGAUUUUGUUGAUAAACUUACCCUCUGUGACAACUGCUGCGUGCCCUCGAAUAUCUGACAAGCAGGGCUCCUAUCUUCAGCUACGACGACUGAUGUGAAUAUAUAAAAAACAAACAUUGAACUUCACGAAAAUGUACAAAUUACAGAAUUGCCUGUUGAAUGUUAUAAUUGAUAGAGAUUUUAAUACUGAAUGAAACUAGUUUAGAUCCCACCACUGCCUCAUUAUAACGCGAACGUUAUAUGUAAUUAUGCAAUUUGUUGUAUUUUUGCGAUAUAACAGAUAUUUUUAGAAUAUAAUAGAUUACAGUCGAACAGAGGCCGAAAGGCAUUAUGUCACUGAGAAAAACAAAUGAAUAUUUGAAGUUACACCUAGAAAUAUGUACAAGGCAUUUUAUAAUAUGUAUUAACUGAUGAAUAUAUGAAUAAUAAAUGUAUGUUGUGUAGAGAUAUAGAUUUAUUAACAAUUAUUAACACACCGGGCGAGACACUACGAUAAAACACCAAAUGGAAAUCAUAAUGUUCAAAUUCAUAAAUCAGAACGCUAGAAUACAUUAAUGAUGCGCUUAUAUAAGUGAUUAAUAAUAUUAUAGGUGAGAUAUUUUAAUAUAAAUUUCGCCAAUAUUUUUUACUUGAUUGUCUGAAAAAGAGAAUAAAAAAAUAAGCAAUGUUUUAUACAUAAUAUACAUUUGUCGUUUAGUGGGAAUAAAAAUAGUUAUUAAUUUCGUUAUUUUUUAAGUCAAUUUAUGAGAUAACCGAGUAUUGUAAAAAAUAAGUAAUACUUGCUAAGGCAUAUUUACUGAAACGUUUAAAAACCAACAGGAGAUAUCUGAUUGGUAGGUUAUAAAUAAAUGUAAGUAGCAAUGUAAAUUAUAGCCGUUAAAUGAAAAUGUACAUUUUAGAAUAUUAUAAAGUAUAUAUGUAUUAUGAAGCGCAUUCAGACAUAAAGGCACUGUGUAAUCCGUGUAAUCACAUUUUUAUUGCAAUUUAAAUUUAUUAAAUUAUUUGCUAGAUUUAAUAUUAGAUUAAGAACUAGGUUUCGCUGCUAGUGUGUGAGAAAGUUUAAAGUAGGUAUCAAAGAAGUGUGACUUAGCUUACAGCUUCGUCUUUCCGAAACGAAAUUCUAAAAAAAUAUCUAGUGAUUAGUUACUUAGAACGAGGAAUAUAGAUAUAAGCAAUUAUUAUUAUUGUCGUGACUAGUUUUAAAGUAGGGUUGAGUUGGGAUUGGAUCGUACUUAAAUAUUAUUAUAAGGAUAAAGAACAUUGGCAAUGUAAAUUGUCUCCCUUUGACUAAUAUAGGUUUAUUUGUAUAUUAUGCUGGAUUACGUAUUGAUUUGUUACUCAUAUAAAUAUUAUAAAUCAAUGUGAUUUCUUAGUGCGUAAACUCUAAUGUGUUAUUAAUUAUUGUUAGAUACGUUUUCUCUAUUUUAUUGUUGUUUCGUAUUGAUAUUUUAUUUGUGUCUGAGACAACUACAGUGAAGUGAAGAUAAAAGGAAUGUAAAACAAUAGUGAUAUUUAGCCUUUUACAUUUUAACGAAACACGGAAUACAAAUAUAUUAAUAUUUAAUUACUCAGAACGGUCACAACAAAAACGACUGCCAUUAUCAUUAACUUUUAAAGGCUAUUUGCUUUGAGCACGUUAACAGAUUUUUACAUAAUGGACUUUUUUGUGAUGUAGGGUAACCAACUCUUUAUAAUUUGAGUCGAUUUUUGAGGACUUUCAAUAAGUAAAACCUAUUCGGGUCAAAUCAUAAUUGAUUCAAUAUGAUUUAAUAUUUUGGUCCCUUAUAAUGACAUUAUUAUAUAUUGUUAUAAUGAAAGAUCUCAAAUAAUCUUUGCUUCUAUGUUAUUUAAGAACGUAUUACGCUUAAAAAGUUGUUUAUUUAAUACCUUAGCUGUACUACAAGAAAACAUUCCAAAAUAUUAACUUUUGGUAUAAUUUUAUAUAGUUAAAAAUAUGUAUUAUAUUUCCUCAUUAUGAAAGUCUUAAACAACAUUUAAUACUUUAUACAACAAUAGGCUUAACUGUUUCAGCGGAAAUGUAAAACAAUUAAUACAAAAUAGGCGCAGAACAAAAUAAGCCAUUUAUUUAUCAUAUUAACCUGAAAACAAAAUUGUAUUCCUCAUAAUAAUUCCUUCAUAAGUUGAGUUUCAUUUUCAUUUCAUCAAUGAGGUAUAUAAGCUUGAUAUUGACGAUAUUAUUUUCUUCAAACAUAAGAAAUUAAGUAUUUAACUAAGAUUCAAAUACCCAAUCUAAUUUAGUUUAUUUUUUAAUUAAAUAACACUUUAAAGGCUACCAUUUAUAAAAGUGACGAAAAUGAGAUAGUAUAGUAGAAGUAAUUUAAAAGCAGUAAUAUUAAGUUUCCUUUUCCUUAAACUUACCGUAAGUAUUACCAAUAAGUUCUCCAAAUAUUAAAUAAUAUUAUUUAUAAUUAAAUAAUAUUAAAAAUUCCACCCUAUGACAUGUUUACGUUAAAAGUAGAAAAAAUAUAGUUCGUAGAUUUAAUACCGUUUCCCAUUUUAAUUCUAUCACCUAUUAAAUUAAUCAACAGAACUAAAUAAAUUAACCUCCACCUUUGAUUCAAUUUAUAUUGAUUAAUAUCUACGGAUGUCGUUAGCUCUAGAUGUCGUUUUAAUGGCUCAUCCUUGUGAAAUUCAAUACUAUAUAAAUAAAUCUUGAUAACCACCACCCACUAUAAGUAAGUUCUAUGCACGUUAUCUUCAUAGACGGUAGAUUUUAUAAGAAAACUAAUUCGCUCAAGUUAUCGUUAUCAAUAAUGAUUACGUAUUUUAUCGAUCAAGAAAAUGUGGAGUUGAUAUUAUGCUUAAUAACACCAGCAUUGUAUAUUAAAUAUAUACCUGAUAUUUAUAUACAUUAUAGGAGGUUAAAGUAGAGCUUUUUUGCAACAAAUCAGCUGAAAGUAAGUUUUUUUCGAGAUUAUUUUUUAUUUUUUUACGCUUUGUGAAUAGUCAGUUGAUUUGUUAAUAAAAAAUAAACAUAAAGUGGAUGUACUUACGUAUGACUCGUAUACACUCUGUUUUACUACGAGUUCGCUUAGAGUUGGUCGUUCCCACCCUCCCCGCCUCACCGCACCACACUCCUAGACAGACUUUAUUAGUCGAUCCUAUUGGUCGACGGUACCGAUUAAUGUGCCUGUGAUUGGCCUGUGACAUAUUUUGUAACGGUCAUCGACGGCCAACUCCAAGUGAACGGGUAGUAUUGAGAUUCAGUACCCUUAACUGCGUUCAUCUGUAACUUGAGUUUUGAAAACUACAAAGAAACAAAGUAUUAUGAUCGGUUUUCUUAUUUGUUGUAACGAGCUAUUAUCUAACCACUUAUAAAGAUUGCGUCGAAUUGAUGGUCACCCUGUCAUGUAGUAGACUAGUUACAGGGAUACCUUUGUUAUUAUUUAGUAGAUUUUUUUAUUUAUGUAUAUACAUAACAGGAUGGAGAAGAUCAUCAAAUCAAAGUAAUUGCACUGAAGGCGUGAUGUUUUCAGUUAGAACUUAGAACAGUUAAAGUGUAGGUUCAGUAAUGUUACUAAACAGCAUUAUCACUAUACCUUCUUGCUAAAAUUUAUAAUAAUUUUGGUAAGAUAAUUAAAGUAGAAAUGACGGUAUAAGUAACUAAAUGAAACUAACAAUGAUGAAGCAAUAUUCCUUAGCACAAAUUGUCAUAAUAAAUUGAAACCAAUAAACAUGAAAUACGCUUUAUACAUAAGUAGUGUAAGCAUAUUAAAUCGAUGUGUUUUCAAAUCGCAAAUAAUUUAAUAAUUAUUAUAAAAAAAA